AUGGGAUCCUCUGUGGAGUUUGCCUGCUUGUUGCUGGUGGUUUCUACCCUGGGAAAGAACCACUUGGUGUCUGGGGGUUGUUUGGGAAAAUGUUGCCGUGGCAGAGACAUGAGCUGUGCGACCACUGACUGGAGGAUGGACCGUGUUUAUGGGACAUGCUACUGUGACGAGGGCUGUGUCAGAACCAAGGACUGCUGCUUCGACUACUUCACAGAGUGCCCAGCUCAGGACUGCACUGUGAGCGAGUGGAGUUUCUGGAGUGGAUGUGCCAAGCCCUGCCAGCCUUCAGUGAGAGUGCGUGUACGUCACAUAGAGCAGCAGCCCAGUAACAACGGAGAGCCCUGUCCCAGCCUGGAGCAAAAAGCUGGUUGCAGGGAGUACAGAGACCACCAGGGUGGCCACUGUGGAGACAAGUCAGGUCCUGCAUUCAUCACAAGCAUGGAAUUUGGCAAGGGAAGGCCCAAGCAUGACAACUAUGGAAACCCCCUGAACCCUGGGUUCUGUGUGGAAUUCACACUGGAGACGCGGACACCCCACUGCACAGUGCAGAACCGACCACACACACACUGGAUGCGCUAUGUGACAGAAGGCUUUAAAGUGUGCGUGGCAUGUGAACCACCUGCCAUGCGAAACAAUAGUGGCAGCUGCCAAGGAGACGGUCAAGAAUCAGACAAAGAAGCUGUGCUGCACUGGCAGGCAGUGGGGAACCCUCAAUGCAGUGGCACAUGGAAGAAGGUCCAGAAAACCCAGCAGUGCAACUGUCCACCACAACACAGCUUUGUGUUCAUCUGAUCCACACAAAGUAGCAUUGGAACAUGCUCUGGUGU